UUGACCAACCUAAUAUUUGUUCAACUUCAUUAGCUAAACAUAUUCUGAGACGUCAUUGCAGGAAAAGCACAGGUGAAACUAAUAAUACUAAUGACAGCUUUAAGUGUCCUAAUAGCCAGUAAUGUAAUUAUUACACCUGUGCGUUUUCCUUUAACGGCACCUUGAGGUCUGCUGUAAAAAUCGGGUUAUCUAAGGAUAAUAUUGUACCUAUGCAAACAACGCAUGCUACUAAUUUCGGCUGGUUCACUACACUUUCAUAUGUUCAAUAAGAAUAUAUAUCAACCCAAGUUCGUUUGACGCAUCCCAAUACUGUGAUGUGAUCAAUUGAAUUGAUAUGCAGUAUCCACCUGAAGCAGUCUCGACAUGUUGCAGCCCCGGUCCACUAGAUGGCGCUAAAACGUCAUAAAACAACAUGGCCGGACGCCACACCAAAACCCGGAAGUGACCCUUUUUUCCGUUCCUCUGCGUUGAAAAAUGGAUCGAGCUACAAGCGAGCCGUGUCAAAAAACAUUCACAUGCCAGCUGUGUGAUUUAAGCAGCCCGUUUACUUACUACGGCCAGAAACCACCAAACACCAGAGCCAUUGUGUUGCUCGAGGAGUGUUUCGUGACUCAGGACCCCUUCAGUCCGGACCGGGAGAAGUUCCUUGUUUUGGGCUCUACCUGCAGCCUGUGCAACAGGUGUGUUUGUGUCGGAUCGGACUGCAGCAUCUUCUACACCAAGAGGUUCUGCAUGCACUGUGUGAACAAGCACUUGCAGCAGUUCCCACCUCAGAUCCAGUCUGAGCUGUCGAAGAAGAAGCAGAACUGCAAGUCUGCCACCUCGUGACAUCGACAACAAGGACUGCAGCCUUUUCUACGCCGUGAGGUUCUGCAUGCACUGUGUGAACAAGCACUUGCAGCAGUUCCCACCUCAGCUCCAGUCUGAGCCGGCCAAGAAGAAGCAGGUCUGCAAGUCUGCCACCUCGUGACAUCGGACAAGAAGAGGUCCAUAAUGCGCUUCACCGGCACUGUUCAUCAAACUCAUCCUGAACGACGCUGCAGAGACAGCAUAUGGAGAAGAAGAAAAAGACCAGCACCCAUUGGAACAAUACAAGUUAAUGCUUUUGUCCAGUAAAAUGAGGUUGCUGUUUUAGCCUCCAAGGUGUUAUCAUUUAUUUCCAAGUCUUUUUAUUCAGCAAGUGAAAAAGGCUAAGAAUUUAAACUUUAGUUCUCAUGUACAAGCACAGUUUCCCCGACAGUAGCUCUAAAUGUCCUGUUAAACCCCCAAAACUGUUAAAAUGUUUGCUAAUGAUCACGGAUGUAUAUGAUGUUCCUUUUGGCCCAAUGGUUGCUGAGCCCAAUUCACCCUACAAACGUUUAAACCUCCCAUUAAAGCUCAAGAUGAGAUGUGGAAGUAAUUGCAUUAUCCAAGACCAGUUUCCGGGUAGAUUAAAAAACGAUUCAUUUCUCCACUGCUCUUGCAAUGUGAAAAAUUAAUUAAGUCACCUAGAAUUUAUCUUUUGACUUGAUGAAUAAUUCCUAUUUUGCAAUAUUCAAACACCUAUUUGUUUUUACGGACAAUACAUGUGUAUUACUUUUCAGCAUAUGGUAACAUCCACAGGACAAAUGAUCUCCCUGUUCUCCCUCUCUGUGUCCAUGGUCAGAUGGUGCACUGCUAACUUCUGUGAAGUCAAAAAAUAGUUUGUCUGUGUAAUCUUAAACAUUAUUUUUCAGAAGAUACACACAAUGACCUCUCUUUCUCUGUUAUUUGUGACUGUUAAUUCUUGGAUCAAAGUCAAUGUGUAACUAAUGUUCGCUUUAGUGACAGAAUCUGCUACAGUUGCAUAAUUUGCUGUGUUAAACAGUUACUCCCAAUUGGUCGUUUAAAAAAAAAAUAAGCACACCGUAUGCUGACCCAAGUGGUCUCUCUCGUGCCCCCUCUUCUACACUGGUCAUUGAAUCGUUUGGGUCAAACUCAGUUUUAAUCCCCGGGAUGCCUCAUGAGCACCGUGCACAGUUUGCAGCAGCAUAAACACAUUAUGGAAUAAGUGUGAUCCGGGCGAUAACAUUGCUAUAACGGAUGGCCUCGCGGUUUUCAUCAUGAGAUGUUUGACGUUUCGAGGCCUAAUUGAAACAGCGUGGCCUUUAAGGCCCAGUGAUUUUCUGUUUCUGGCAAAUGGUGCAGAGGAAUGCAGAGCGACGUUCGCCGUAGAGUUUAAGUUGGGACAUCGUGAACUCCUGGGCACGAGGAGGGCUUUCUAUUGAAGAUGCAUUCACUCAGUUUGUUAGCUCGGAUUCUUAUGCAGCUCUGGGAUGCACAGGAAACCAAUUUGAUAAGUCAAUAUUUGUGAGGAUGCAAACCCCACCAGAAGGUGUAUUUGUUCUUCCUUUAAAGCUGCACUAAUUUGUUCCUCUUUAUAUUCCCACCGCACACAAGCAAGUACAAACAGUGAUGCACACAAACUGGCCCCGCUGGCAAAGUCUGACAGCGAUAGGCACCGUGCCAACGAUGACCGGAGGCUUUCUGCUCUGGCGCCGACGUCAUUGGAUGCCAGGAGGCAGAUGUGGGCCUUUUCUUUCUGUUGUGGGUUUCUUGCAUAAGACCUCAUUUUAGUUUCUCAUUGUGCUCCAAUGGCCUUGAAAGUGUUACUGAAUGUAUUCACACUCCAUUCAUGUUGCUAUGAUGUGACACUAAAUGGGAUCAUGCAGUGAUAUCUGUCUGCGCUCUCACGAUCAUUUGACGACGAAUUCCUGUGAUAGUGUUACCAGCCUGGAGCAAGACCUCCCAGUAAACUCCUGCAGUGAGAUGAAGCUGUUUCCACCAUUGUCAGUUUAAAAAAAAGUGUUUUUAUCCAUGAUAAGUUACGCUGCAUUAACACAUACAAACAAAUGACUGGAAUCCAAUGAUGUGUUUGACCUGUAGGUGUGCAGUUAUUGUCUAACCUAAUGAAAAUAAACACAUUUACAACUACAA